GGCUGACUACUGGAAGUCACAACCAAGAAAAUUCUGCCAGUAUUGCAAAUGCUGGAUUGCCGACAAUAAGCCCAGCAUCGAGUUCCACGAAAGAGGCAAGAAUCACAAAGAAAAUGUGGCUGCAAAAAUAUCAGAGAUCAAAAAGAAGAGCAUCGAAAAGGCAAAGCAGGAGAAGCGCAUGUGCAAACAGUUUGCAGCCAUGGAGGAGGCCGCCAUCAAGGCCUACGAGGAGGAUCUGAAGAGGAUGGAGAGGGAGUCACAAGGGUUAAGCUACCCGGUCAAAGCGCCCACCUCACAGCCGCAGCCGUUAGUGAUGCCACAGAAGAAAGCAGCGCCGCAACCUCAGCCCAGAAAGCAGCAAAAGAAGAAGGAAAAAGGGAGCAGGAGGCCCAGAGAGUGGACGGCGCCGCCGCCGCCACCGGCGGCACAAGUGGUUUGGGUGGAGGGCUUCACGGAGGACGGACACACGUAUUAUUACAACACCAUAACUGGAGAAUCUCGGUGGGAGAAACCAACUGACCUUCCAGGAGAAACGUCAGCCUCUGUCCCGCUUGAGCGUUCUUCCAGUUCUGCUUGGAUGGAAGCCGUUAGUCCUGAAGGAUUCACGUACUACUACAACGCAGAAACUGGAGAGUCCAGCUGGGAAAAGCCAGCAGAUUUCUCCUCCGGUGAUCCACCUGGAGCUAGCAAAACGGAGGAAGGAACCCAAGAGGAGCCUUCGGAGCCCCAGCCGGAGCCACCCUCAGGAGGGGAGGAAAGCGCCGACGGGGCGACUCAGGAGGCACAAGUCAAAGAAGACGCCAGCCAGGAGUCCAAAGUCCCAAAGAUCAGUUUUAGG